CAGUUGCGGUCAGGUAUCCGUGGAAACGGCCGAAGAUCCAAAGAUGGCAAAACCUGGGUGUGGGAGUCUGUCAGACCCAGCUGGCAGGUAUAUCCCGCAGCCAGCCUCCAGCGAACAGCAGGGCAGAGGUAUGGAGAUGUGGACUCCAACACAACAACGGACCUUGUCUGUUGCUGAUGAACUGGAAACUGGAAGCCUCUGUAAUGAGGAUAACCCUGAAGGGCCAUCUCAAGAAACAACAGAUACCACUGCCGUGAAACACAGUGUGGAGAGCCCUGCACAUUCAUGUGCUGAAGGUUAUGCCAGGCUGACCCUGGAGCCUGUGGUAGAAUCAUCUGAAUCAGUAGGUGCUGGGACAGAGGGAACAAGUGAUGAAGGAACACAAAAGAAGAGGAAACUGCCAGUAAGGACAAGAAGAGGGAAGCUACAAGUAAAACCCAACACUUCAAAAAGGAAACCUGUGGAGCGCACAGAGGGCCGAGGAAAAUCUGAGACCUUGCCAGCGCAGGAGGAUCCCCCAUCCCGAGUCCGGACAACGCAGUGUGAAGACCCCAGGCCCGAGGGGGCUCUGGGCCUCACAGGGGAGUCACAGUCGUCCGCUGCAGACGUGCCCCCACAGCGUCACAGGGGCAGAGAAGGACCCUCAAACCAGGACAGCUUAAUGUCUGCUGAAAGAGAUACAACAGAGAGCAGCAGUGGAGAAGAGAAUCCAUCCUCCAACUUACACAUAAAGCCGUCACCCUCUGGUGCUCCAUUGAUAAGGCCUGGGAGAAAACCUAGAGGAUUUUUGUCUUUUAUUUCGGAGAAAAGUACCCCUACGUCUCCUAGUGUCCCCAAGACUUGCAGAUCUGCAACACACAAACCUCAGAUUAAUACCUCUGGGAUGGAGAGAAGGAAAAGGACUGCUGUUGUAGCUGCUAUGAAGAGCUCGUCAAAUUCCUCCAGUGAUAGCCCAGCCGGUAGAAGAUCACAGGCUUGGGCAUUUCAAAGCAAGCUUUCACCACAGUCAACCUGUACGCCAGGCUUCAAAACCAGGACUUUAGAAUCUCCGCCACAACCUCCAAAUGAGGUCCUCUGUGUUGACAGUUCGAACACUGAUGAAGAACCAACUAAGGUCUCCGAGUAUUUCUUCAGUGACAUCUUUACAGAGGUAGAUGAGCCAGAUUGAAACUGGCAAAGUCAUCGUUAUUUAUUUGUUCAAACAGACCUCCUUCAUCAAGACUGCAGAAGGACUUUGCAUCAGUGCUGGAUCCAAACCACAGUUUAUCUUGCAAGUUAAUGCAGCUGUUCUUUUGUCACAGUGUAAGAUGAAAUGCGAUUUCAAACCUUGCUUCAAAAUUGACCUGAACAGGUCAUUCUACUUGGAAGAGAAAUUUUCACGUCCAUAUCUGCAACUGUGGAAAUUUAUACCCGUCAUAUUCCAUUGAUUCCCAUAAAUCCAGUUAGUGAAGGUUUUAACAAUAAUGUGCUGUAUUCUGUUCUGGUAUGAUUAUUCAGAGUACAGGGAAAUAACAUAGGUAAUCCUUCAUCUCCAACUGGCCUUUGAGUGUUCACUUUUUUUCUCUUCUACAUUAUUUCAAUCAGGCAAUUAUAGAACUUGAAUAAAUUCUAACAAAUCUUCAUAUCUGUUGAAUGCUUCUAAAGAACAGAUUAAAGUGCAAUUCUAAUAUUUUGGUUUGUUGGUAUUCAAAGGUUUAUGUAAAUGUUAGAAAUGUUAAAUAUUUAGAUUGAUCUGAAAGGGCUGGAAUAUUUAUCAGUGUAGCAAAUAAAGCCUUUUAGAGUUUGAAGUCAUCUGACAGGCUAGCUUUUAUAUUUAUAUUUUCCAGACAAUUAUGUUUUAUUGAAAAUGCAUUCUUUAUAACUUGAAUUGCGGUCUCAUCCCUAACUCUUCCUGUAAAUCCUGUAACUCUUGCAAAGGAAAAAAGGUUUUAGGGUUUGACUACACUUUAUUUCAUUUUAGUGUUUUAAUAAUUUGAAGUAAAACAUUAUCAUGAGAAAAAUAGAGAAUAAAUUCAAUUUUAAGGGUUCUCUGAAAUUCCUGUAUCUUUUUUUCCCAAUUGUUUUUUGAAGACAGUAGGAUCCAUUAUCCCCAAAUUUAUUUCAAAGAAGACACAAAUGCAGGAAUUCAUGAGCGGCUCAGAGAGCAGGUUGAGCCUAUAAAUCACUGAUUUAAAUCUGGACUUCGUCAAUAUUGCCAAGGAUUACCUAAGCAGUAGCCUGAACAGAACUUAAUGGUCUGACAUUGCAUGUUUCAUAGAAUUUUUUUCCUCUUCACUUGUCAUCCUGCCAUGAGAGUUGUAGUUUUAACUGAACUAUUGUCUAAAGUCAUUUAAAAUAAUGAAGUCAAAAACUGUUAGAAAGUCUUAUUAACACUAAGUAGAGUUCAAUGAAUAUUUGUUAAACCUACACUUUAUGAGUUAUAUCUUCCUAAACACUGAUUCAUCCAAAUAAGUAGUGUGGAUUCAUGUGGAGUUGAAGACUUAUAUAUUGAAACCCCAGAUUGAAUUCUAAUUAUACUACAAAUAGGAGGAUUCCAUCCUCCUAUUUUAUGAAAAGUUGAGCAACAAAACUAAUUGGCAAUUAAAGAAAAGUAUACAUAAGUACAAUAUAUAAUUUUAAAAUGUUAUGCUGUGGUAUGAAGUCCAUUACUUCUGACUUCUUAUCAGUUUUUCUAGAAUACAGUUGCGAGAUAAAAACCUAAUACUAUUCCACCAAACGUUUAACAUCUAGCUGGUCAGAUUUAUACAUGUGUAGAGAAAUCAAUCUGAUGAACUGGAAUCACUUGAAGAAAGACUAAUUUAGGGUGACCUAUUCUUGUUUAUUAAGUGCUGCAAAAGCACUGAUUUGACAGGCUUUCAUUUUGUACAUUUACAGUGUACACUUAGUUACAGUGAUGAAAACUAGAAGUGAUUCAUAUUACUACCAAAGUUUUGGUGUUUUUGAACUGUACUUAGGUGUUGUGCUUAGGCAAAUAUUGGAUAUGCAUGUCAAAUCCAUUAUGCCUACUUAAAGAAUUGGACUGUCUUGGGAUUCCUGCAGAGAUUAAGAAAUUGUCUUAAGAAAAUGUUACUCUCAAUAAUGACCCUUCUGUUUUUUUUCCUCAUCAAAAACCUUGUAUCCUGUGCUGUGAAGUGUAAAUUGAUCAUGCCUUUAGCCUAGUUUUUCCUGAUGUGCUUCUGAUAACUGAUAGAUAAGAAACAGGUUUGUUCAGUAACUUGAAAGCAUUCAAACUGAUAAAUAUUUAACAGGUAAUUAAUAUUUCAGAGCAGAGCAAUCUUUAUAAAUCUGUUUCCAAGCAAUUGAAAGGCUUCCUACAAUAAAAUGCAUUCCAGUCCUGAA